ACAUGGAAUCUCUAUAUGAAUCGCACAGUCUAACACACAAUCAUGGCGUCUCCAAGAUGGAAGAAAUUAUACCAAUAUGCAGCAUGUGAUCUUGCGGAUGGUCUACUCAAGCUUCAUGUCCCAGGCGCAGGCUUCCUCGCAGACAUCAGACCACUGCUUCACACAGCGAGUUUCCCGAAGCCAGAACCAAGAAAGGUCCUUGCGCCUGCAUCGACCUUUCUCAUGAUUCCAAAAGCCACAAAGUCUUUCCCGAACCCUUCGCAGAUGCCUGCUGGUAUCCCAUCCUCCAAUCUCACAGACUCGAGGCCAUAUGCAGACUAUACGGAGAAUGGUACCAUUGUCGUCAUUAGCCAGCCAGCCGGUCAAUCAUGCGCCGUUGUCGGAGGUAUCAUGGCUGCUCGCAUGCAGCACCUAGGCGCCGAAGGCAUCGUGGUCGACGGUCGGGUGAGGGAUAUAACUGCUCUAAAUCACACCAAGCUACCCAUCUGGUCCAAAGCGACGUCUAUUAUCGGGGCAGGAGCCGAGACAAAGUUUCACGCACGCAAUGUGCCUGUGACAAUCGGGGAGACGGUAGUCGAAGCGGGUGAUAUAAUCAUGAUAGACCCUUUCGAGAACGGCAUCGUCGCGGUGCCGCAGGGAAAGGUGGACGAACUACUAGAGUUGCUGCCGAAGCUUGUAGAGGCUGAUGAGAAGGUUACUGCAGACGUCGGGCGGGGUGUCAGUGUAGAAGAAGCUUUCCGAAAGCAUCGUAAUUAA